GAAAACACUUCACCAACACCUUGUUACUGUGGAAACGACACGCGCAGAAAGAAAGCUUGUUCACGCUACACUGAACUUUUGAAUGGCUGAAAAGAUGAAUUUGGAGGAUUAUUUUCGAUUGGUUUUCGAAGAACGACUCUCAUUAAAUAAGGCCGAACAUGAAGGCUUCAAGGAUAUGAAAACAACUGCCAUGCAACUUCUGGAGGCGCGCGAGCAGAGCGCGUGCGUGAGCAGAGCACUGGAAGUCCAGAAAGAGGAGAUGCAGAUGAAACAGGAGAGUUUAAAAGAGAGAGAAGAGAACAUUAAAAAGGAAGAGGAGAAACUAAAGAAUUCCCUACUGCAAUAUAACAAGUUUUUGCAAGAAAAUGAUGCCAGGCGGUUACGUGCCAUAAAGAAAGCAGAGGCAGAGAGAGCACAAACCAGACUGAAAGAACUGGAGAUUCAGAAGCUAAAGACGGAGAAUGAUGUCCUGCUGGCACGAAAAGAGCUGCUGGAAGAACGUGUCGGAAAAGCCAAAUGCUACCAAGAGUUCCUUGAGAGAGCUGCAAAAAUGUCCAGAAAGUUUGAAAACCCUUGCCAAGUCAUUGAUCGUAUUCAAGCACUGCAGUCAAUCAACAAGGAACUUCUAGAAAAUCAGACAGUUUUGGAGAAGGAGAGAGAGAGAACAAAGCUGGAACUGAUGCAAUACAUAAAUAAACAGCGAACAGCUCUUCUGCACUAUAACAACCAACUGCACCAGCUACAGACACAGCUAGACAACAUUCGCAUAGAAGCAUACAAAUGGGAGAUAAAACUGAAGCACUUCCAAACCACAGCUGCAAAGGAGACACUAGAAUUUGCUCAGCUAAAGACCACAGUUCGUAACAUUUAUCAAAUGAUCAUCACACAUUACAUCAGGAGGGUCUCUGAGCACACCGAGGACACCUUUAAGCAGUUGGAAACGAUUCAGAAAUAUUUUCAGCUUAUGGAAGCAAUAGAUGAGGAUCUAAAAUUCAACAUUAUGCCAAAUCGAACUGAAGAGAAUGGCACUGGUGAUUAAUCUCCAAGCUUUGAAGAUAUAUAUAUCCAGUGAAAAUGGACGGAUACGCGUAAGCUAAAUAAAAAUAGUCACUGACCACAUGUGUGAUAAAACAAAGGGCUGUUGUGAGACUGUAUGGACAUUAAAAAGAUAAUUAUUUAUCUUCCAUUGUAAUUACAAACAAUAUGAAACUGUUCAAAAGUCUUUAUGCUUCCUGCAAAGGCAGCAUGUUUCAGUUUUUAAAUGGAGCCAUAAUGUCUCCAAAACUAAAAUACACUACACUAAUUAAAAUCAAUGACAAUAACUAGGCUUUAGUCAUUUUUAAAAUUAGAUGCCAUUUUAUUAUAAUUAACAGACUGUAAAAGGGUUAACUCAACCAAAUAUGAAAGUUCUGUUAUUAAUUAUUCACGCUCAUGUGAUUCCAAUCCCCUGAGACCUUAGUUCAUUUUCAGAACUCAAAGUCAGAUAUUUUAGAUGAAAUUCAAGAGCUCUUUGACUUUCCAUGGACAACAAGGGUCCCAAAAUAUUCAGAAGUCCAGAAAAAGAAUAAAAAAUACAUGUCUUCAGUAGUUUAGCUGUAAAUAUGCACAGAUAAGAACACUUUUUUGCACAGAAAAACCCCAGUAAAAAUAAUUUUGUCUUUCAUGUGAGAUCAGGGAGCACAUUUACUUUAGGCAAUACACUGCUUGCUGCAGAUCCUUAAAAAGUCUUACAUUCCAUUCAAUACAUUUCCAUACAUACAAUCUGUUUCAAAGGUCUUUAUCAAACCUAUCCCAUAAAGAUUUUGUUUCCGUUUUGAAAUCUGUCUAUUUGUCACCCAGAACAAAAUAGGCAAAACCUAAUAAAAUAAAUGCUCAAAUAGUGA